CAGACUCCUGCACCCAGCAACGCCACAGAGAGGGGGGAGAGAGGGAGAGGAGGUUGUGCUGUGUGUGUGCCCGCGUGGGUGCGCGCGGGUGUGUGUGUGUGUGCGCGCGUGUCUACAGGUAGCAGCGGCGGCGGCGGGGACCGGAGCAGGGGACGCGUCUGCAGCCACCUCCUCGACUGUGAUUUUCGGAGGCGACUGCUCACUUAGCUGACGGAUCUGUACCCUCGGGAGAUCGUCUCAUCCUCUCCAUUUCCACGCGUCUUAGUCGUCUUCCAGUUUCAAGUGUGUGCUUUGGGUAUUUUAUUUUUAAUUUUUUUUUUUCCUUCUCCCUCUAAAUCUUCUCGGGAAUUCUGCAUAUUGAAGCAGGUGGCUCCUGGUACGAAAUCUUUGGAUACAUUUGGCUUGCCAAGUUUUUCCUUUCCCCGUCCCCUCCCGCUUUCAGAGGCAUCUGUGGUGCUCUUCUUUUUGGAUUUAUACGCAGAAAACGUAUAUAUGUUUAUAUACCGACCGCAUAAUAUAUAAAUACAUAAACGCGUGCCCAAGCGCUGGGUUUUCGUCUCUCUUCGCGACAAAGCGGAAUGUUUCGGAGCGGAUGGAUAACGAGAACAGUAUUAACAUUCUUUUGAGCCUGUUUUUUCCAAAGGGGAGGGAGAGGGAAGAAUUGUUUAACAUUCGGCCAUCGUUUGGCUGCACACUAAGCAUCGCGAAGUAUUUAUGGUUGCAGAUGAGGUGCAAACGGGGCUUAGAGAGAAAGGAUAUAGACCUGCAGCUAACUGGAUUUGAUUUGUAAGCGGGAAAUGUACAGUCAAUGGCCACUCUCACCACAUUGCUACUAUGGAAAACAGAAUAGUCAAUAGGAUAUGGUCUGAUAAAUAGUGAUGAUUGAAGAUGCUACUUCAAUACAUGUGAAAUCAAUGGAGAUACUGGCUGCACGAAGAGCUUUCUGAGCUUUUCUUGACAAACUUGCCUUUAAGAAAUAGAGGUGUAGUCUACCAAUAUACGGUUUUUCUCAAGUGGAUACAAAUACCUUUGACUCACUGUAACCAGAGAACUACACAACUAAUGUGGGACCAUGGCAGUGCCCAGAUGCACGUGGCCAGAUUAUGUUUGGAGAGCAGUCAUGGCCUGCUUGGUACACAGGGGGUUGGGUGCCUCAUUGACUCUUUGUGUGUUAAGCUGUUUACUUCACGCUGCCCAUGUGCUCUCACAAAAAUUGGAUGAUGCAGACCCACUGGUGACUACCAACUUCGGCAAAAUAAGAGGGAUCAAGAAAGAACUCAAUAAUGAAAUUUUGGGUCCUGUUAUUCAGUUUCUUGGUGUUCCAUAUGCAGCCCCGCCAACCGGGGAACAUCGUUUUCAGCCUCCAGAACCACCAUCUCCUUGGUCAGACAUCAGGAAUGCCACUCAGUUUGCUCCUGUCUGCCCCCAGAAUAUCAUUGAUGGCAGAUUGCCGGAAGUCAUGCUUCCUGUGUGGUUUACUAAUAACUUGGAUGUGGUUUCAUCGUAUGUACAAGACCAGAGUGAAGAUUGCCUGUAUUUAAAUAUAUACGUCCCAACUGAGGAUGGUCCCCUUACAAAGAAACAGACAGAUGAUUUAGGUGAUAAUGACGGUGCUGAAGAUGAAGAUAUUCGGGACAGUGGGGGUCCCAAACCAGUGAUGGUAUAUAUCCAUGGUGGCUCAUAUAUGGAAGGGACUGGAAAUUUAUAUGAUGGGAGUGUCUUGGCAAGUUAUGGCAAUGUGAUCGUCAUCACAGUCAACUAUCGACUUGGGGUACUCGGUUUCUUGAGCACAGGGGAUCAGGCUGCAAAAGGAAACUAUGGACUCCUUGAUCUCAUACAGGCUUUAAGAUGGACUAGUGAGAAUAUUGGAUUCUUUGGUGGUGACCCCUUAAGAAUCACUGUUUUUGGAUCUGGUGCUGGGGGCUCAUGUGUCAAUCUGCUGACUUUAUCCCAUUAUUCUGAAGGUAACCGUUGGAGCAAUUCAACCAAAGGACUCUUUCAACGAGCAAUCGCUCAAAGUGGAACAGCCCUUUCCAGCUGGGCUGUUAGUUUCCAACCUGCAAAAUAUGCUAGAAUGUUGGCCACAAAAGUUGGUUGCAAUGUUUCAGAUACAGUAGAGUUAGUGGAAUGCCUGCAGAAGAAGCCUUACAAAGAACUUGUUGACCAAGAUAUUCAACCAGCACGAUACCACAUAGCCUUUGGACCUGUGAUUGAUGGUGAUGUGAUACCGGAUGACCCUCAGAUACUGAUGGAGCAAGGAGAGUUUCUCAACUAUGAUAUAAUGUUAGGAGUUAACCAAGGGGAAGGAUUAAAAUUUGUUGAAAAUAUAGUAGAUAGUGAUGAUGGUAUAUCUGCUAGUGAUUUUGACUUUGCUGUUUCCAAUUUUGUUGAUAACUUAUAUGGAUAUCCUGAAGGCAAAGAUGUUUUGAGAGAAACCAUUAAAUUCAUGUAUACUGACUGGGCUGACCGUCAUAACCCUGAAACCAGAAGGAAGACAUUAUUAGCUUUGUUUACGGACCAUCAGUGGGUGGCACCAGCUGUAGCUACAGCAGAUCUUCACUCAAAUUUUGGUUCACCCACAUAUUUCUAUGCCUUUUACCAUCAUUGCCAAACAGAUCAGGUUCCAGCUUGGGCUGAUGCAGCUCAUGGAGAUGAGGUUCCCUAUGUACUAGGAAUACCCAUGAUUGGACCUACAGAGUUAUUUCCUUGCAAUUUCUCCAAAAAUGAUGUGAUGCUGAGUGCAGUCGUAAUGACAUACUGGACAAAUUUUGCUAAAACUGGUGAUCCAAAUCAACCAGUCCCUCAAGACACAAAAUUCAUACAUACCAAACCCAACCGCUUUGAAGAAGUAGCAUGGACCAGAUAUUCCCAGAAAGACCAACUUUAUCUCCAUAUUGGAUUAAAACCAAGAGUUAAAGAACAUUACAGAGCCAAUAAGGUAAACCUCUGGUUGGAGCUGGUACCUCAUCUGCAUAAUCUCAAUGACAUUUCUCAGUAUACCUCGACAACAACUAAAGUGCCAUCAACUGACAUCACUUUCAGACCUACAAGAAAAAAUUCCAUACCUGUCACAUCAGCCUUUCCCACUGCCAAGCAGGAUGAUCCCAAACAACAGCCAAGUCCAUUUUCAGUGGAUCAAAGGGACUACUCAACAGAGCUGAGCGUCACUAUUGCCGUUGGAGCAUCACUGCUGUUUCUGAACAUCUUGGCCUUUGCAGCCCUGUACUACAAAAAGGAUAAGAGGAGACAUGACGUUCACAGGAGAUGCAGCCCUCAGCGCACGACUACCAAUGACCUGACCCACGCACAAGAAGAGGAGAUCAUGUCCCUCCAAAUGAAGCACACUGAUUUGGAUCAUGAAUGUGAGUCCAUCCAUCCACAUGAGGUGGUUCUUCGGACCGCCUGCCCCCCAGAUUACACACUAGCUAUGAGGAGGUCACCUGAUGAUGUUCCCUUAAUGACACCCAACACCAUUACAAUGAUUCCCAACACUAUACCAGGGAUUCAACCCUUACACACAUUCAAUACUUUUACUGGAGGACAGAACAAUACUCUGCCCCAUCCCCACCCCCACCCCCAUUCACAUUCAACAACCAGGGUAUAGCCAGAUAAGAGAAACAAACUAUUUUUUUGAUGGAUUGCAGUAAAAGAUUACUGAAGAUUCCUUGGCUUUCAACCUACAAGACUCUUACUAUUUAAAUAAGGAGGAAUAUUAUGUGAAUAUACAUAUCAAGAACUUUGGGGGUUUUGGAAAAAAAAAAAAGAAUUGUACAUAUAUACACAAAUCAACUUUAAAAGUGAAUUUCAAUUGCUUGAAGCAAUUGUUCUGAAUGAUACUUUUUCAUUCACAUUCAAGAAUUAAUUUUUUGAAGAUUUAUGUUACAUAAUGGAAUUAGGCAUGUGGAACACCAAACAGGAAAGAACUGUGUCUGAAAUAUAAAAUAUAAAAAUUUUAAAAAUAACCAUGAAUAUGCACAAGGGACACACCAAUGGAAUGUCAGAUAAUUUUCACCAGUUUUUAUUUGGAGCUGUUUUAUUGUGUAGACCAUAUUUACAUAUUUGGAUAAGUAUACAAAGCACCAAUGCUGUUAAUGGCCUUAGCAGAGGCUCAUGCUGAAAUUUGCCAGUAAAACAAAGAAGUUUAAAGACUGGCAGGUACAACAUUAUCACAUAAGUGCUGUCAGUAUAAAGUUGUGGGGAUAAAGGAAACUGGAUAUUUUUAGCACGAUGUGCAUGAUAAUUUAUAUGCUUGGUGGCUGUGCUGCUGAUUAAGCCGUAAUUAAAAUUCUUCUCAUCCCAUUGAAGUUUUUAAUAGAAGCUUCCUCCAUCAAUUGGCAGAACCUAAAGAAGAAUUUAGGGGGCAAAAGUAAUUACAAUAAAAUAAUUCACAGUAGUUUUGUUAAUAGAAGGAAUUAGUUACUAAAUGUAUCUGAAGAAACUAUAGGUAUAGUGGUGAAUACUCGCUGAUAUGAAUCCCAGAAAAAAAAAAUUUCCUGUGUUUUUAAUGUUCUUUUCAUUCCCAUCUAAAUAUUUCUAGAAAUAUAACCCUAAUUGGACAUGUGUUAUAGGAUCUAUAAUUUGCUGUGGUUUUUGUUAUUCUGUAUUUUGUUCCUUUGGGUAAGGUGAAGUGUGUCCAAAGAGUAACUUGCAAGUCUUUAUGAUCUGAGGAUGCCCCAAAUUACCAGUCUGAUUACAGUUCUCAGUUCAUUGAUUUACUCAUGUUGCAUGACAAAAUGUUUACUAAUAAUAAUUCAAUAUAAAGUUAUGUCCCUUCUCACGUCACUUAUCUUUCUCACUGAGGUUCAUUCACUGGAAUUUACUCACACAGUCUCAAUAGAUUGCAACGUAGAUAAAGAACCUAGAAGGAGCGUCAACACCUGGAGGAUUGUAGUCUUACACGUAUGUGUGAUUUUAAAUGAAUAUUCUAAGACCACAGAAAACUCUUCAUCCCCUUGUUGUUUACCAGUAACAGUAUAUCACAGACCUUUCCAAAUGUUUGUAUAUGUAAUCAGAUGUACAUUUAUAUUAAAAAAAUUGAGAUGGACUUAAAGAGCACAUCCUGAUAAAUACUUUCUCUCUUACCUGUACUAUAUUUCUAUUAGACUAAAGUUAUGUGAUUUUUUUUUACAUUUUUUCAGAUGACUAGCAAUUUUGAUAGUUUGUAAGAUAAUGCAAAGAACUUUCUCUGACAAACUAACUGCAGUAACAGAAACCUUUCUUUUCAGUUACUCUUUUUCAAGAAUGAAAGCUUAUUAUACAAAAAAAAAAUUGUAUACUACUUGAUGGAAACAACUUUGUACAUCUUGGCCAUGUCACUGGUCAUUGCGUGAAAUAAAGAUAAUAAUGACUAUUAGUCCAA